GCGUACUGCCGCCCAGCAGAUCACACAGAGCAGCGCUACCUCUCACAAUAGGAAAGGUUUUUGAGUGGGAAUUCAUCAUCCAACUUUUAAUAUCUUUAUUAUGGCUAUCAUCAGUAUCACUUCUCGGUUUUUCUCGGGACCAUGCAUAGCUGGACGUAGCAACACGCCCCAUCGUAACCUGUGUUAAUCAUCUUUAUCAUCAUGGCAAGUCUACUUAUGUAAGUAGCACUUGAACAGUGAUAACAGUCAUCUCCAUCGUCCCGAGAUUCACAUCAGCCAGUACCUCAUCAAAGUUCAACCUAAAUACGUAAUCCCGGUGAAAGAUUCUACAAUCAUGGGGGAGCAUUUUUUCGUUCUGUCCCAGAACCGACAGUUCUUGCCCUUCUACUACGGCGAUGAGAAACGAUGGACCGAGCCAUUCUUCUUCAUCCAGGCAGCGGAUACGCAGUUUGGGAUGCAGGAGAAAUACAUGGAACAAAAGGAGGUAUAUGGGUGGGACCAGGAGAUCGCGUGGUCUAAGCAGAUGGUCAAAGACAUCAACGCCAUGUACCCUGCCCCAAAGUUCUUGGUUGUGUGCGGAGACCUACUGGACGCCUGGCCACACACUGAACCUGAGAUCCGUCUCCAGCAGGAGGUAGAUUUCAAAAAGGUGUUCGCUGGACUAAAGAUACCGCUGGUGUGUGUGUGCGGUAACCACGAUAUAGGUAACACUCCCACUCCAGAUACCGUCGGCAGUUACAGAUCCUCCUUCGGCGAUGAUUUCUUCAGCUUCUGGUGCGGCGGCGUGUUCUUUAUUGUGGUCAACACGCAGUACUACGAAGACUCCUCGCAGUGUGAAGACCUGGCGGCGGAACAAGAGGCGUGGUUGGACCAGCAGCUGGAAGUAGUGAGGAGGGAGAAGCCUCAACAUGCCAUUGUUUUCCAGCACAUCCCAUUCUUCCUGACCAGCCCGGAGGAGGAGAAGGAGUACUUCAACAUGGCCCCCGCCCUUCGGCAGACCAUGCUUGACAGGUUCUACGACGCCGGCGUUCGCUACAUCUUCUGCGGCCACUACCACCGUAACGCCGGAGGCUUCUACAAGGAUAUGGAGGAAGUUGUUACGUCGGCGGUGGGAGCACAGCUGGGGGAGUGUCAGCAGGGUUUUCGGCUGGUGAAAGUGCUUGAAGAUCACCUGGAGCACCAGUACUAUAACCUGGGCACUGCUCCCACACACAUCCAUCUCCCCAAUACCAAACCUUCCUUGCCUGUCCUGCCCACAAUACCCGCCUGGACUCGCUUGGCUGUCAUUCCCGCUGCCACUAAGACAUCAGCUCUGGCCCUCUAGGCUCCACAGUUCUCUAGCCUGGCAUUUUUAUGUUGUUGCCACCACCACUCCUUGUACUCAAUAAUCAAAACGGUUUACAGCUAAACAAAUAUAUUUUCACUACCGAAUCACUUAAGCUAUAAUUAUACGUAAUCGUACUUCAUUCUCACCAUUCCUCACUUCAUUCAUUCAUUAGAUUCGCCGGUACUUUCAGCCCGGGUCUUCUCCAGAUGGCGACCCGGCGACCAUUCCUCACUAAGCCUUAUAUAUAUAUGCCUUACACAGCCUCAAAUACAAAGGAAUUCACGUUAUUUAACAAAGUUCUAUAGUAGUGAAAAAAUUUAUUUUCAUUACAUACUUUUGUGUUAAUAAAAACUUAAAAUUU